UUCCGCAAAUCAAAACACCACAAAAAUUCAAACACAAUGUCUGGAAGAGGAAAAGGAGGAAAGGGGCUGGGCAAGGGCGGAGCAAAGCGUCACCGGAAAGUUCUCCGUGAUAACAUCCAGGGUAUUACGAAGCCGGCGAUUCGGCGUCUGGCUCGCCGUGGCGGCGUUAAGCGAAUCAGCGGGCUUAUCUACGAGGAGACACGUGGCGUCUUGAAGAUAUUUUUGGAAAAUGUUAUUCGUGAUGCGGUAACCUACACAGAGCAUGCUCGCCGGAAAACGGUUACUGCUAUGGAUGUCGUUUAUGCGUUGAAGCGACAGGGCCGUACUCUCUACGGUUUUGGUGGUUAGGGUUUGUUGGUUUUUCACAGAUCUGUUAGUUUGAAUUUGUUUAUACAUCUGUGUAAUUGAAGCUUUUAAUGCAAUGCGAUUAUGGUUUAGGUUUUGUUUGUUUUUAA